UCUUUAUCGGACUGACAUGAAAGUUGAUCGAUACGUAACUCAGCAUCGAUCGACAGAUUAUUUUCGUUUUGCAAUGUAUUAUCACAACGUUGUUAAAAACUUAAAUUAUUGUGAAGUUAAGUUCGUAGGGAAGGUACUGCUUAUACGUUAAGGUUCACAAAUUCUGCAGGAAACGACUACAAACAAGAAAAACGAAAUGGCCGUCCAGGCGAUCACAGCCGAUGCCCGAGAUGUAGCUGUCUGGAGUGAAAUCUGCGAGAGGCAGGCUAGGUCAGCUGCAUUUGAACUAGCGCGACACAUUCAUGCUCAUUUCAGCAGUGAAGCUCAACUGAUUGCAGAUUCUGCUCUGAUAUCCCUUUACCAAGAUUGUGCUCAACGCUUUGUGGACCUCUUUGUUCGAAGCUAUGAUGUGGAACUAAAAAAGUUAUCUGGCAUAGUGGUGAAUUCAUGUGACUUUGUCAAAUAUGGGAAAAGCAAUGGGAUCACACAUUUCCCAAGUUCUGCUUCCAAUUUGAGACCAGGCAGUGUUCCGAGAACUGUGCAAGACUGUAGUGAUUAUUCGGAUACCGAAAGAGAUAUUUCUUCUACUUCUUACCCUUCUGUCAAACCUAGACAGACAGGGCCAAAGCCAUUCUUCAGACGCUUUUCUUUGAAAGGUUUUCGGAAAGGAAAAGGAUUGUUCCACAAGCAACAUUCAGAUGAAGUUGAACUCUCAGGCUCAGCAGUCGCUAGUCAUACUCCUUCCUCAUCUAAGCCUGAGCAUUCUGGCCUUUUCUUACGUGGCAAAAUUCGCAUGUCAAAGUUGGUGGUAGAAUCCUUGUUUGAAGGUACGGUCAACUACUUGACCAGUGAAAGCCUUGAUGGUACUCCGAAAUGGGAACGUUGCCGUCUUUGCUUGGUGAAAACCGUUGGUGGCUAUAUGUUGGAGUUUUUCUCUCCACCUAAAGCCAGUCAACCAAAAUGUGGAGUAUUCUGUUUCUUGAUAACUGAGGCAAGAGAAACAACAGCGCUUGAAAUGCCGGAUAAGGAAAACACUUUUGUUCUAAAGGCUGCCAAUAAUCUCGAGUACGUCAUUGAAGCUGCAUCCAGUGAUGACAUGCAUAAAUGGUUGCAUUCGAUACGCUUAUCUGGAGCACGAUGCAUAAACACAACUAAUGGGUCAUCAACCGAAGGCACAGUGCACCGAGGAGAAAUCGAGUCAAACGGCAAUCCAAAUGAAAAUUCAUCGGUGUCCGUCAGUGCAAUUCAAACCACCGAUUUCAUUGGUCAACGAACUCUAUCUCUGAGGGGAUCUCGUUCGCUGCUUCCCGUUUCACCCAGUCUUGAGGAUCUUGAUUUAGGCACUAGUCGACUUGAUCAGGAACACGAUUACGUUCUAGAUUUGUAUGGUACAUUGAGACACUACCCUUGGUUCCACGGGACGUUGAGUCGGUCAGAUGCGGCCGGGCUAGUUCUUCAAGAAGGAGCGGUAGGACAUGGGGUUUUCCUUGUCCGCCAAAGUGAAACCCGUAAAGGCGAAUUCGUUUUAACUUUCAAUUUCCAAGGCCGUGCUAAACAUCUACGUCUUACUAUUAGUAGUGAGGGGCAAUGUCGAGUACAACACCUUUGGUUUCAAUCCGUUUUCGACAUGCUGGAACACUUUCGUUCGCACCCGAUCCCUCUGGAAUCGGGAGGCUCAUCUGAUGUUACGCUGACGCAGUAUGUUGUAGCGGAAUCAGCCUUUCAGGCAAUGACUGUAUCUUCGUCUACCCGCAACGGGCUGAGCAACUUAUCGGAUAGAAGAGUUGCAACGCCACCCCUAAUUCGAGAGGUAAUUAUGAGAGGAGAAUCGGUCCGUCGACGCAUCGAGUCGAUGGAGCAGCUACCCUCUUUAAAUCAUCAAAAUAACGGAGGAAACUCGGGAUCCAGCCGUGCAAUCGAGAACGCCUAUAGUUUCACAUAGAAAUGUUCGGAAAAAACAAAAAAAAGCAAAAAAACGAACGAAUUAUGCGUCGCCUCAGCGCCUCCAGUCAUAAGAAAAAUUUGUCUCUUUACGUUUCUGUUGAUCAUUUCGUGCAUCUUCAUUGAUUGUCUUCCCUAUUUGAAGGUUUGCAAAUUACAAAAUCUUCGUCGGA